AUGCACAUCGCUCUGACAGCCCAGGGACGCAGGAAAGUGCCUGGCUGGGCAAAGUGCAAGAGCAGGACAGCACCCAGCACGAGCAGCACCCACAUCGCAGGCCUAGGUCCCCGCCGGAGGAGAGCAGCCCCGGGCGCGCUAAGCACCAUGUUCGCUACAGUGAGAUACGGAGCCAACUGCCAAGAGAUGGUGAACCUGCAGUGCCGCGUCCUGAUCCUCAUGGCUCACCUGAAGAAGAAGUGUCAGUGCAGGCCAGAAGACUGCAUCGAUCUCCUGGAUGAAAUGGGAGCCCUGAUGAACCUAAGCAAAGUAGAAAAUCCCGCAUUUGAAUUCACCAGUAAAUACCUACAGGAAAGGGAGCGCUACAUCCUCAUCAGAGUCGUCCGGGGAGAAAGCUCUGAAGCCACCUGCUAUGAAUCCUUGCUAGAGAACCUGGGGAACCACUACCCUGACCUAGUAGAUCGGCUGCAGCAGCUCUCGGCAAACGCGCAGAUAAGAGACCAUCGGAGAAGGGGCUCUUUGCUGAGGAGAGCUCAGCCCCUCACCAGCACCCCAGCCAGGUCCACCUCGCAGAGCAAGAGCAGCUCAGAGCUCAAGGGCACCUCUAAAUAA